CAAUUUCCGCUUUUAAUCCCUCAGGCACGAGGAGUUUGUUUACGAACACGUCAUCAGGAAGUGUUCACUACAAUCCGAAAUGAUUGGACAGUACGAAGACGACGUCCCACUGUUCGAUGAAGAUGAUUCGACCAGAAAACAGAGGAGUUCAAAUAUUAAACACCCGCUGGCCUCCUUCUUUCAUCUGUUCUUCCGUGCGAGUGCCAUCCUGGUCUACCUGCUGUGUGAGGUCCUGAGCAGCAGCUUCAUCGCGUGCAUGGUCACCAUCAUCCUCCUCCUCUCCUGUGACUUCUGGACAGUAAAGAAUGUCUCCGGCAGGCUGAUGGUGGGAUUGAGGUGGUGGAACCGUGUGGAUGAUGAUGGGAAGAGUCACUGGGUGUUUGAGGCCCGUAAGCAGGGAACCGGGAGGAAGGUGCCCUCGAGCGCAGAGUCCCGUAUCUUCUGGCUGGGCCUGGUCGUCUGCCCCAUCGUCUGGGUCUUCUUUGUGUUCAGCACCCUCUUUUCCUUUAAGAUUAAGUGGCUGGCGGUAGUGAUCAUGGGCGUGGUGCUGCAGUGGGCCAACCUGUACGGGUACGUCCGCUGCAAAGUGGGCGGCGGGACCAACCUGAAGAACGUGGCCACCAGCUACUUUGGCCGACAGUUCUUUAAGCAGGCAAUGAAUAAAGAAGAAGAGUUAUAGAGAGACAACACUCAACUGGACACAGUUAAUAUGUUCCUUUGCAUCACGGCACUUUCUCAGCGUGAUUUCUGAAAAUGCCUUUUCCUUAAAGGAUCUCUUACCGUACGGAAAGGAAUAAUUUUUUUCCCACUCUUGUGUAAUCAAGUUCUAAACCUGCUGUAACACCAUGACAACGAAAACAACUGACAGUUUUAUCUGGAGAAUAAUGUUCUACAGAUGUAUUCUACGGUAUAAUGUUUUAUAUAUUUACUGGACUCCGGUGCCUCUGUGGUCGGUUGUUAUCUUCUGAAAGUUGUUGAAUAUAUUGUUAUAUAUUACAUGAGAUGUCUGUACCUUUCUGAUAUCCAGGAAAGAAGACAUUUAUAAAUACCUCUGUAUGGAAACAAUGACAGAUGUAUACAGCCUUUUCUGUUUUUAAUAAAAUUAUAUUUCUUAGAUGAGGAAAAAGUU